CAUGGCGGCGCCCUGGUUCCACCCUAAGCACCACCUUACCUAACUGUGUUCGCGGAGUAAUUGAAACGUGUAAACAAGGACCCAACUCCAUCCCGGUGGACAUCGUCGGUUUAUAUUUCAUACUUAAUUCUGAAGAUGUCGGAACAUACCGAGAAGGACCGAGCGUCCGGAAACGGGCUCUCGAGAGCUGUCAUUGCUGAAAUGCUGGCGAAGAAUUUCGAUAAACUCCCCGACCUCGACCAGAAACUCUUCAAGUACGGACCCCUGUACCGGGGGAACGGAGGCCUCGCGGGGCUGAUAUCCAACAGCUUGUACCGCAGAGCCCUGAACGUCACGCAGGCGCCCUUCGCCUCCGGCCUGCCGAUGGCCGUGCUGCCCUUCCUGACCACAGUCGCCCUGUACAACGCAGCGGUGUCCUCCCCCCUCAUGUCGGGGGACCUCAACUGUCCCACCUGUGCCCUGAUGCGAGGCGCACUCAUCGGUGUGGUCGGUGGCGGCGUGUACCCCAUCCUCCUGGCCUUACCUGUCAACCUCGGGCUUGCAACCAGGUACAGCACGGCGCCGAUGCCGCAGAAGGGCAAUGUGCUGCGGUACUGGGUGGACCUCUCCAGGCCGGUCCUGAGGAAGAUGAGGGCGGUGCUGUUGCUUCAGGUUUUCUUCGGCACCUACCUGAGCUCCAGGCACUUUGAGUCGUACACCAAGCUGGCACAGAUAACAUUUGGCUCAGGUGCAGAGGAACUCAAGGACUAGACUGUACUCGACCUUAAAAUAUUUCAUUGUUUCUCAGCUACUCUUCAGACUUUUCCCCCUCCACGAAAUGAAAUCAAGUGUGUGUGUGUGUGCUACCUUUCUAGGAUUGCUGGUAUAGUAGCAGUCAAAAGUUUGGACACACCUUCUCAUUCAAUGGUUUUUCUUUAUUUUUAUUUUCAUUUUUUUCUACAUUGUAGAUUAAUAUUGAAGACAUCCAAACUAUGAAGGAACACAUAUGGAAUUAUGUGGUAAACAAACAAAUGCUCAACAAACCAGAAUAUGUUUUAUAUUUUACAUUCCUCAAAGUAGUUGAAUGAGAAGGUGUGUCCAAACUUUUGACUGGUACUGUAUAUAAUUGCAUAAAUUCCCAGCUUUUGGGGCACAUUGUUAAAAGUAAGAAGUUGUUAUCAACAUUUGGCAUCAUGUUAAUCAACUACAUGUUCUUUAAAAUUAGAUUACUCAGCCUUAGAAAAAAUAAUCAGCAGGAUGUUUGAUAAUCCCAUAAUUUGUUUGGGUUAUUUUGCUGCUGAGGUUUCAAUUCCAGCCUCUCAGAUGUGCAGAUGUAUUGCUUUUCUCUAUGUUAUAGCAUUUUAAAUUCAUUAUCUCUGAAUUUUGGACAGUUGGUUGAAUACAACAAGCAAUUUGAAGAGAUUUUUGUUCUGAUCCAUACAUUUUAAAAAUGUCUACAUGCAAAUGACAAAGUGGUUGUGCAUCAAUGAAAUAUCAGGCCUUAUUUAUUAUUCUAAAAAAACCUGAUUGUGUGUAUUCAGUGCAAUGCUUUAUUUCAAUAUUUUGUUCAAGGCACAAAGCUUGAAUGGACUGUAAAGUGGAAAUCAAUCAAACCAAACAUUGUCAUACACAAAUUAAACAGAAGGCAAUAGACUAAGCAUGGUUUACUUUUAUUGAUGGCUUAAAGGCGAGUCACACAUUUUGCAGUGAUGUUGGAGCCAAAAUGAUGUCGGCUUGGCCUCAAACCAUAAAAAACACUGAAUCUACUCCACUCCUUGACCUGCACACAGCAAUUCAUGUGUGAAAGGAAAAAAUGCAAAGAUGGACUUGGCAGUGCGAAGACACCAUUCAAAAGAGUUAUGUAAAAUCUUGCGAUUGUCAUUGAAAACACAUGUUCAACACAGGCAAUGUUUUAUUAAAACAUGUCUUCACCUUAAACGGCAGGAUUGACUUCACAUCUCUGGCUCUCUAGUCUUAACUUAUCUGGGGAAUGUGUUACAGGGAAAGAAAGUUUACUGAUGACAAAUGAGGAGGGAGAGUUCAAGUCGGUCUGUUAUUGACAGGGAAAGGUGCUUCUAAAGAGAAAUCACUGACAUCAAUUAAUUAUAGCAAACUGAAUAAGACUGUUUUUAAAAAGCUUAUUAUGACAUACUUCCCCCAUAACCCUCCUCUCCUCCCGCCACCCACCCUCAAAAAUGGCUCCCGAAUAACAACGAAACCGCCAAAAAACAAAGCUAAGUGACAAUCCCACAAAACGAUAAAUAACAAAUUUCAAGUUAGAGGAACCCCCGAAUUGUCAUGACGACAAGUUAUUCAUAUGGCACAAGAUUCCCGCUUGACUUUAAAGCCUCUCCAAUUCACCAUUGUCCUUCCACAGAACGCAACAAUGCAUCAUCACUACAAAGUUCGUGUUGCAGUAGUAAUCUUUUCAAGGUGGAUACGCUUAAUGCCCCUUUAAAAACACCUGUCGUAGCAUGCUAUUGGACUUCAUAUUCAGUAAAGGAAAGUUACAAUAAAAACUAUACAUCUGUCAGCACAGAAAUUUCCAUAAAUAUAUCAGACAACUGAACGUCAGUCAGAGAAAACUUCCUGAAGAGCAGAAAGAUGAGGGGUAAACGUCACCUGUACACAAUCUACACCUGGCCUAGCUCCCCCGUUGUGACUGUUAAAGUUAUACUGUAGUUGUCUCGCAUUACUGGCACAAUACAUUUAAAAGUAGUAAACACUUUUUAAAACAGUUCAUAUUCCCCCGGCCCAAAAUAAGAUACAAUAAAUUAUAAUACAAGGAGAGGUGAUCUAUAAACAGGCUUUUCCAGUCAUUCUCAUGCAAAACAAGACAGUGAUAAUCUGAAUGAACAUGAACGCAUGAAUAUCUGGAUCACAAACAAACCCGCACACAUAAAAGUACACGUGAGAUGAACUGGUAAAAUGCUCAAGGCAUGUCCUCUGUCCUCCCAUGUACACAGAGUUGCCAUUCCUUCAGUAGACCUAUAAAAUUAGACAGCUGAUAUGGGCUAGCCAGCGCCCUUUACAUCAUUGUAAGUUUCAUUACAGUACAUUACACAUAAAAGGGAGAAAAAGUCAAAUUAAAGACCUAGACAAGGCUUCGGACCAAAGGCAAAGAUAAAGAGAGAAAAGGGGAGAGGAGCAAAUACAAAAACGACAAUCAGUAGGAAUUUCAUUUUAUAAAGUGGUUUUCCCUGUAACUGUACUCUCUAUAGUAGUAAACAUAUCUUCACAGAGUAAACACACAUGGAGGGAAAGGGGAAGGAGAGGCUGUUUCCUCUCCAACAUACUGUACCUCAGCACUGAUAGUUAAUAUGCUGCGAUGGCAUUUUGCUCCCGUUUCCAUAGCUUAACCUUUUCAAUUCACUUUUUGUGAUUUGUUCUUUGUCAUUUUGUUUUUUUAUACUCUUCUUGAUGAAUCCUGU